AGCAAUUUGGCCGCGUGCACAACUCUUUUUGUAUUCGGUGACAAAUUUAUAGUAACUGAGAAAGAAACUUUACUUAAAUUAUUGUAAAUAUCCGACGAACGGAAAAAUACCGAUAAUAAUACGGCUUGGGGUUUGGUUAUUUAUGAAACUGCGUUGAACAAUAUAAGCGACACGAGUAUCAAAUAAAUAUAUUAAAAAAAAAAAGGGAAUCAUCAUACACAUACAUACAUAAUAAAACGAAUGAAUUUCGUGAUAAAAAAAAUACUUACUUCCGGCAAGAGGCUGCAGUUUGCUUAUCCACCGUUCACUAUGUGUUGGUCGUUAUUGCUUGGAAUUUCCUUAUUUCUUCUGUUGCACUCGGCCAAUUCGCAAGAAGCAUACAUCAAUGGCACUAAAGCUUGGAACAUUACCAAUUUGGAUCGUUUGCGUUUACAAUUAACUAUAAACUACGACAAGAACUCGCAUCCCACCUAUCAUGGUGUGCCAACUAAUAUCACGUUGGGCAUGUCAGUGAACUACAUCGAUAUUGAUGAGAUAAAUGGGAAAAUGGUUUUGCACGCAUGGCUAAGGAUAAAUUGGAUGGAUGAAAAUCGUUCAUGGAACGCAGGAGAUUAUGACAACAUAACUCAAAUCCAUAUGAAACCAAAAGAAGUAUGGAAACCAGAUAUAAAACUUUUUAAUAGCGCCGGUGAAAAGAGUGACUACUUGGGUGAUACUCAAAUUCUACUGGCACAUGACGGCAGCUUUUUAUGGGUGCCGCCAGUCGUAUAUACAGCAUAUUGCAGUUUGAAUUUUCGCACUUGGCCUUAUGAUACCCAAACAUGUAAAGUGAAGGUAGGUUCCUUAGCGUUGACCUACAUCGAUUCGCGUUAUCUGCACUUGAAAGAGAGUUUAGACUACAAUGAGCUCGUACAAUCGACUGAAUGGGAAAUAAUCGGGGGCGAUACGGCUUAUAGAAAACAGGAUUAUUACAAUUACAUUGAAUUUACUUUUAAACUACAGCGUCGUUCGUCAAUGUAUGCAGCGGUUAUUUUCACACCAGCUUCCUGUAUAAUACUAUUGGCACUUUCCUCGUUUUGGUUACCACCGCAAAUGGGCGAAAAAGUAAUGUUGAAUGGUGUGGUGAUUAUAUUGAUAGCCGCUUUUCUUAUGUAUUUCGCGCAACUAUUACCAAUAUUGGCUGACAACACACCGCUCGUAGUUCUUUUCUACAGCUGUAGCUUGUUACUGCUUAGUAUUUCAACGAUAAUUGCUGUGUGCGUGCUGUACUUAUCUACAGCAAAGCAUAAACGCCAUUUACCUGACUUACUGAGGACCAUGCUCAAUGGACCAUUAAGUAAAGUACUUUUCUUAGAAAACUUCACUUUGGAGGCAGAUCCGCGUGUAACUAUGAAUAAUGGCACAAAAGAGUUGGUGGAACAUCAGUAUGAAAAUCCUGACAGUGUAACUGAUGCUGCAGGAAUAAAUGCGGCUACUUCCUCAUCUUCUAACCGAUUUGUUCAAUUUGAAUGGAUUCUGAUGGCGACAGCUAUCGAUCGUAUAGCUUUCCUUUGUUAUAGCUUAACAUUCAUAAUUCUGGCUAUUCUAUAUGGUAUUUAAAGCAAAAAAUCGAUUGCAAUAUUUAUUUCUCAGACUUAUAAUUUUCUGUCGAUUAUAGAACUAUUCAUUAAGUUAACUAUCAAUAAAUAAAGGAAAUUUAA